CUCCAAUCCUCUGACCUGUCAAUUCUCCCCCCUCGCGUCUCCUAUUGUCUCCUCCCGUUAUACCACGCUCACCCCCCUCCAGCUUCCUGAAGCCACCUGUCCGCUCACCCCCUCCUCCCCCCGCCCAACAUGUCGAAUCCCACCCAGACCCAGGAUACCAAGGCCGAACCCACCCAGCAGCCACAGCAACAGAAGCCCCCCGUGUUGGAAGAAGACGACGAGUUCGAGGACUUUCCCGUUGAAGACUGGCCUCAGGAGGAAACUGAACAAGGAUCUGCCGCCAACGGCACGAGCGCUCAUUUGUGGGAAGAGAGCUGGGAUGAUGACGAUGCGGCCGAGGACUUCUCUAAGCAGCUGAAAGAGGAGCUCAAGAAGGUCGAGGCCUCCCAUUAACAUGUCACGUUGAUUGACGGGCUGUCGGUUAUGAGAUGAACAUACGCAAAUCCACGAAGCAAUCAUCGCUUGAUUCCGCAUGCAGCUUGCCCUGACGGGGCUCGAUAGAGAGAAAAUGGACAUAAUCGGAGCUAGAUCUCCUUGCUCGCAUAAGUGUUGUCUGAUUGAUGUGCCUGCUUCGGUGGUUUGGACCAGUGACUGGGGCGGUUGUAGGAUGCAGUCAGCCUGACGGAUCUAGUCUACGGUGAAAGACCCGAUGGCAGCGCUUCGAUUGAAGCAGGGUGUCGCCCACCACAUCAUAUACCUCCUACGAGUAUUUACAAAGCUGUUAAUGGAAAUCAAGCCCACCGACCGACCAUUCCUGCCCUCACCUCUCGUCCUUCACAGCUUGGGGCCCGUCACUAGUCACGAUUACAUCAUCAGAACCUCUCUUUGGGAAUGAAUAAACACGUAUUUUGAUUAAUUAU